CCCUAAGGCAGGCAGCGCGGGCGGUCGGCACACACAAGUUGAAUUAUUCCGGGCGCCCCAAAAUCGACAUUUUUCUUUGGGUUUUGCAACCUCCAGUCCACCUCGACGACGAAUUGACCACCCUCAUCUCCUCACCCUCCGACCGACGCCAAAAUGCGCUACAUCCACAGUGAGGAGACCCUGGAGGUCCCUGAGAACGUCAAGGUCUCGAUCAAGUCCAGGAUCGUUACCGUCGAGGGCCCCCGUGGCAAGCUCGUUAAGGACCUCAGCCACAUCGCCGUCAACUUCUCCGUCAUCAAGAAGGGCGUCAUCGGUCUCGAGAUUCACCAUGGCAACCGCAAGAACGUUGCCGCUCUCCGUACCGUCCGCACCAUCAUCAACAACUUGAUCAUCGGUGUCACCAAGGGCUUCAAGUACAAGAUGCGCUACGUCUAUGCCCAUUUCCCCAUCAACGUCAACGUUGAGAAGAACGCCGAGACUGGCAACUUCGAGGUCGAGAUCCGCAACUUCAUUGGCGAGAAGAUCGUCCGCCGCGUCGUUAUGCAGCCCGGUGUCGAUGUCGAGAUCUCCAAGGCCCAGAAGGAUGAGCUUGUCCUCUCUGGCAACUCCCUCGAGGGUGUCUCCCAGUCCGCUGCUGAUAUCCAGCAGAUCUGCCGGGUGCGCAACAAGGAUAUCCGUAAGUUCCUUGACGGUAUCUACGUCUCCGAGAAGGGCAACAUUGUCGAGGACCAGUAAACGUGCAGCUCGGCAUGGGUUUCUUUGUGCUUUAUGGGUCUCACCGGAGUGGCAAGGGUCUUUGGCAUUUGCAUGUUUUGUAGCGUAAGGGAAAAAAAUUCGCUACGGGCAAAAUGGGCAAAUCUUUUGAAGAAUCACCCCCCCUUUCUCGGGGUCUCGCCAACUACCUAGCAUCAAUGUCCUGGGAGGCGUCCUCCUCUUCCAGUGGGUGACUGGGGGGGGGAGAGACGGGCAUGUCACAUGUGUUCUCUUUGGACCAGGAAAACGCAACAGCAGAACAUAACGAGAGAAUACCCAAACAACACAAACCGAGCAUCGAGCGUGUGACGACCGUACAUGUCUGGGAAAAUGGGCAUCACGAGAGCGCCAGAGAAGAUGUUAGGGAUAAUUCUGUCUGUUAGGCUGAUGGUCAUAUUAUACCCAGACUAACUCAGUAGAUGAGCGAGUCGAAGAGUCUCCAGAGACCAAAUCUAAAACGAGUCUUUACUCUGAUCGAGAGCCCAUCGUGUGGAUUUACGCCGAGAGAAAAUGUCAUAUAAGCAUAUGACUUGUUAUUGACCACUCCUGCACGAUUCAGGGGUAGUUGCACCUAACCUUGAACUAAGCCCGCUUCUCAAAAGGUUGAACAAAUUCUCACGCGCCGUUGAUACUAUCCAUGCAUCAAUAGCAAAGCAACACAUUCUCUCGCUAGUCACACGGCGAUUUUGUAGCUCUGAUGAGUGUGUCUUCACUUUGGGAACUUUGCGACUUCCCGCUCUUGCCAACUCGCCAUUGGCAUCACAUGGAUACAUACAUACGUACAUACAUCAAUCAGGUCAUUCAUUACACA